UCAUUCGUUUAUGAAAGAGCGGGCUGGUCCUGCCACCUUGCCGAUGCACAUUUGACUUGCAGCAUGAUAAUUUUGAAAUCAGAGUACAAAGAUGUUCCAUACCACGCUCGCCAUUAGCGCAUUGCUCUCUAUAACCACAUACGCACAGACUAGCACCCUCUGUGACCCUCUCAACAGCACUUGUCCCCCUGAUUCCGCCUUAGGAACAACGUACGAUGAGACUUUCACCGCGCAAACGGUAGAGCUGAACCCCAAUCUCUGGAAUGUGACAGCUGGCUCUGACUUGAUUCAUUUCACGAACAAUGGCGCUGAGCUGGCCAUCUCCCAAAGCGGCCAGAGUGUGACUGCGCAAAGCACCUUCUACAUCUUCUGGGGCCAGGUAGAGAUCAUCAUGCAGGCGGCAAGCGGGACAGGCAUAAUAAGCACGUUCGACCUGUUAUCGGAUGACCUGGACGAGAUCGACAUGGAGAUUAUGGGCGGGAACACGUCGUGGGUGGAGAGUAAUUGGUAUGGAUGGGGCGACCAGACGCAAUAUAAUUCGGAAUACCUCGAGUGCGACGGACCGCAACAGAAGAUGCACAACUACACCAUCGUGUGGAGUCAGGAGCAGAUUCAAUGGAUUGUGGACGGAAACGUCUCGCGAAUCGUACCGUAUGCUGCUCCGCACCAGUACCCUCAGACACCAUCAAUCCUGAAGUUUGGCAUUUGGGCGGGUGGAGAUGCUACGGAGCCGGAAGGCACGAUCCAGUGGGCUGGGGGCAAAACCGACUGGUCAAAAGGCCCGUUCACCAUGACCGUCCAGAGCAUCAAGAUUACAGACGGCUCGACAAACACCAGCUCCUACGCCUACGGCGACCGCAGCGGCAGCUACAAUAGCAUUCAAGCCGUAGCCGGCGAGUCAACAGCAUACAAGAUCCUAAACAAGCAGUCAACCUUACAGUCCGUGUUGCAAAUCUGGAAAGGUCUUUCAGAGGGCGCAAAGAUAGGCAUUGUGUGUGGCGUUUCUGGGUUCUUUGCGUGCGUAAUAGUGGCUUGUACUGUUUGCUGCAUCAUUCAGAGGAAGAAGGGAAGGGCGGAGAAGGCGAUUGCCGACAAGGAGUGGGAUGCGCAUACCAACGAACUUAUGGAGUAUAGGGUGAGAAUGGCGAAAGGGGAGUUUGCAGUAGCGCACUUGACGCAUGGCGAGAAGUCUUAGCAUUGGCGUUUGGAAGCUUUCGCGCUGCUUUGGACUGCGCAUGAAGGUUGGGGCAAUGGAUCGAAAAUUGCCGUCUUCUUACUGACACGUUUGUUCAUGGGCCGCUUUCAUGGUCGUUAUCUGAAGACAAAGAGCAUCUAUACAAUUCUGGAGCCACGGGAGUCUGGAGUCACUACGACUGAUCCAUCUAACAGCCCGUCGCUGAACAGGGAUAGGAAGUCCACAGACUUUUGAAAGGAGUUGCAUCUGAUGUUUUCCCACCAGAACGAAUGUGAGGCACAA